GUGGGCCUCCUACUCGAGCUCAGCAGCUGAGUGUGCCUGUCCUGCCUUGUUAUGUGUGUGCUGCAAUAAUAUUUCCCCUUUAAGGCUAGGCUUAAGUUAUUUAUACUUUGUAGGGUGGUGACAGGAACACAGAGCAGAGCGGAGCUCUGAACCGCUCUUACCUGAUCCGCAGCCAGGAAGGAAGCUCAGAAAAAGAGAGGGACUGCAAGAGAGAGCCCAAGGGAGGGGAAGAAAAAGCAGGCAGUCCCCGGGGAGGGGCUGGGGAGGGGACAAACCGGCAAAAAGAAAAAGAGGGAACCAGGGAAGAAGGAAGGAGCAAGGAGGGAGAGGUGCUCGGGGAGCGGCAGCUCUGCACAGCAGAAGGGCUGUGGGCGUCCCAUGCCAAGUGUCACCAAGGGGUGCUGAGCUUCAUCUCCCAAGAUGAUGAAGAGGCAGUUCAAUCGCAUGCGGCAGCAGCUGUCCCAUCCCAAUGCCACCAGCCGAGCCCAAGAAGCAACUGAGUUCCUGACAGAAGAUUUGCUGCAGAUCGAGCAGAGGAUCGAGCCAGCCAAGCGAGCAGCUCACAGCGUGUCCAAGCGGCUCCAGGCUUGUCUGCAGGGGCACUGCGGCGCCGAAAUGGACAAGAGAGUGUGGUAUGCAUCAGGGCGACUGAGCUGCCACACAUCAGCUCAUCAUCUCUUUUCCCAAACCUAUGGCUCUGUGCAGAAGAAGCUACCCUUGAUGGCUCUGUCUGCAACGAUGGCUGAGAGCUUCAAGGAACUGGACACAGAGUCCAGCCUUGGGAAAGCCUUGGAGAUGGGCUGCUGCAUCCAGAGUUUGCUGGCCAAGAUCUUGGCCGAGUUUGAGAUUGCUGUAGAGCGUGACAUCCUGCAGCCACUCAACAAGCUCAGCGAGGAGGAGCUUCCCAUCAUCCUGAAGCGCAAGAAGACCCUCCAGAAGCUGAUUUCUGACUGGAAUGCCAUCAAGAGCCGGCUGAACCAAGCUGCCAAGAGUUCCAGUAACAGUGCAGGAGCUGGAACUGGGCCAGGGGUAUCUUCUGCUGCCAACAAACUGGAGAUCCUGAAGGAAGAGGAGGAGGAGGUGAAGAGAAAGGUGGAGCAGUGCAAGGAUGAGUACAUGGCUGACCUCUACCACUUCUCAACCAAAGAAGACAGCUAUGCCAGCUACUUCAUCAGACUCCUGGAAAUCCAAGCCCAGUACCACCGGCAGUCUCUGGAAUCUCUGGACUCGGCUCUGACAGAGCUGAAGGAGAGCCACAGCCAGAAAGAGCCCUCCUUCACCACAGAAACCUCAGUGCUAGGCUACUACGGCGUGCCCCUGCAGACACACCUCAAGAACUUGGGCCGAGAGAUUGCUCUGCCUAUCGAGGCCUGUGUCAUGAUGCUGCUAGCCUCGGGCAUGAAGGAGGAGGGACUCUUCCGGCUGGCAGCAGGAGCUUCGGUGCUGAGGAAGCUGAAGAGCAGCUUGGCCAGUGGCUCUAACGCCCUAGAGGAGUUUUACUCAGACCCCCAUGCUGUGGCCGGCGCAUUAAAAUCCUACCUGCGAGAGCUACCCGAGCCUCUGAUGACCUUCAAGCUCUACGACGAAUGGAUCAAAGUGGCCAGCUUAAAGGACGUUGACAACCAGGUACAGAGCCUGAGAGACACCUGCAGCCACCUGCCCCAGGACAGCUACAACAAUUUGAGGUAUCUGAUCAAGUUUUUAGCCAAGCUGGCAGAGCACCAGCAUGUGAAUAAAAUGACCCCCAGCAACAUCGCCAUAGUGCUAGGCCCCAACCUGCUGUGGCCAGAGCAGAGCACAGGAGACCCUAUGCAACUGGACUUGGCCUCGGUCUCCUCCAUUCAGGUGGUGGGAGUCGUGGAAGCCCUCAUCCAGAAUGCAGACAUACUCUUCCCUGGAGAGAUAGAUUUCAAUGUCUCAGGGAUGUUCACACUGCCUGCGGAUGUCAGACUUAAUGAGGCUGCCCCAGUAGACACACUGCCACCCAAAUCCCCUCCAGCCUGCUCUCCAUCUCCCCUGGAUGAAGAGACCACAAAUGACUCUGAAGUGAGCUCCCAGCCUCCUUCCCCAGUGGUGACCAAGCCGUCCUCUGAAGCCACAGUGCCACCAGCUCCGACACCAGCCAAUGACACUGCCCGCAAAGCCAAGCGCCCGGCUCCAUCUCGACCCACAGGGCCACCGCCUUUAGCCCAAGCCCGAAGCAUGACCCCCGAGCACACCGCCAGCCCCAAGGCCCGGCCGCGACGGCUGGGCGCUCCCUCCAUCCCUCCACCACUGCCCCCACAGCCGGCACCGCGCCAUAGCCGUGAAUCCCUCACGUCCCCAGGGCUUCCCACCAUCAGUACUCCAAACUGCACCGCAGAUGAGGGGACAGCAGAAGGACAGAGCCCCUUGGCUGGAUCAACAACAGUGGAGAACGACUGAGCAAGGCACGGGGCUGCCAUCAGCUCCCACUUGCCUCCACUUCUUCAUCCGCCGCCAUGAGCCUUCCACCUUGCCCCAUCAGGAUGGGCAGCAGGGCCCAGACCCCUGCUGGUCCCCCCCCCCUCUGCCCACAGGCCCUCAUCCUCCCUCAGAGAGAGAAGGGAAGGCCCUGCGGUAUUUCGGCUGGGGGUGAGAAAUGCCUCAUCGUGCAGAGCCCUGCACCAGGGCCUGGCGCGGCUCAGGUGAGCGCGCAGCCGCCAUUUUGCCUCACGUUGCGUCACCUCGAGCCCACGAACAGGUACGGUUGGUUUGCCUGUGAAAAGAUUCUAUUUUUUAAGAAGAUAUAUAUGCCUGCGCACCCAUGUGGACAUGUAUAUAUCUGUACGUAUCGCGACUACACGAUGUCAAUAAACGCUGGGACGCGAGCGCU